CUUAUUUAGAUACUCCUUACUUCUCUUCAAGCCCACAGUCUGUGGAAGUUCUCGAAGGCUCCAAAAUAAUCCUUCCAUGUAAAGUAAUAUCAGAGCCUCUUUCGAAAAUAUCUUGGAAGAAAUACGACGAGGCAGUUGCAUUGGACAAUGAACGAAUAUUUCAAACAUUCGAAGGAACUUUGGUGGUGAUGGACGUGAGUUUAUCUGAUGAAGGAGUUUACUUCUGUAUAGCUGAGAAUGAACUGGGUUCUAUUUCGAAAGAAGUUCAAGUUGUCAUCGAACAAGGUACACACCGCGUAAAAACGCACAAGUUGUAACAAAGCUGCAGCAGACUUGUAGCAAUGCUGUUCCAACAACUUGUCAACAGGAUGUGUUCGCACUGCUUGUUCCCAGCUUGUUGACAACUUGCUACAAGGUUGUUGAGCUUAACAGACUUGUUACAAGUUGUUCCAACAAUUUGUUAUCGUCCUGCAAUUCAACAAUUUGUCAACAAUGUUGUGAGUGACAACCUUGUAGCAACUUGAUGAAAUAACAGCAUUGUUACAACUUGUUGACAAGUUUGCUGUACAAGCCUGUUGCGAACACAUCUUGUUGACAAGUUGUGUGAUAUUUUUAAGCGCGUAUGUAUGGAAUUCUUUCCUUUUUUCUGUGCAGCAUUAAUCAGGGCUAACGUGAAUCUUUUUGUUUAGGAAAAAAAGCGAAGCAAGAACAGAAUAUGAAAUGUAAAACUGAUAUAGUUAACACAAAACGAAUUGAAGAUACGGAUGUAUCAGGUUCAGGGUCUGGUAAUGAUGAUGAUGGUGGUGAUGAUGAUGAUGAUGUCCUGAGCGAUGCUGACGACAUAUCGCCUACCAACGAUGGUAUUUCAACAUCGCCACAACCCUGACAAUAGCAUCCCCUUCGGCCACGACGGUAUAACCUCUCGAGUUUGUAUAUCUGAUAGAGCACGACCACUCAUCUUGUAUAUAUUACUUAGCAAUCUUGUAUUUGAAUGAUGUAGUUUAUAGUUUAUAGUAUAUAAUUGUUAUCGUUUUCGUGGAACUGUCACCAGCAUGUCUGAAAUUGACCUGUUGCCAGCCUGUGACGUUUAAUAAAAUCCAUCUAUGCCAUGUUCUUGAGUGGUUCGCCAUUUUGGCUUGGUUUCAUUGCAAGAAAAUUAAGGAUUAUAUUGUUUUGUUUUGUACCUGUCUUAUUUUACUGUGUAAAUGUUCAUUAUAAAGAUUAUAUAAUUAUAUUCAUAUUAAACGUUUAUAUACAGGAAAAAACAAGCAAUAUAAAAAACACACAGUGAUUGUCACCAGUCUAGAAUAAACCAAAAUCCAAAAAGACGCAUCAUUAAAUGAAAUUAUAUCAAUAUCAAUGCCAUUAAGGUUGAAAAAUAGAAAUGUUGUCUUUGCUAAACAUUAUGUACUUAUACCAAUAUUGGCCAGCAAAGCGAUCAACUGAAACGUAUAUUAUAUAAGGAAAUAUGAAAGAGCUCUCGCAGACGUGAUGAACAUCACAUAAUAAUUAAGAUUGAUGCACGUGGAUGUUUAGAUCAUUCUUACAAGCACGUUAAAGGAAGC